AUGAGCUUGGGGAAACGACAAGCCGACGACAGCCACUUCCGAAGCUUCCUUAUUCAGCACACCGACAUCAUGAUUCUGCGUUGUAUGGCCAGGCGGCCCGGUGCUGUCCAGUCCCUAGCGAGUGCUUCGAGGCAAACACCGUCUUUCGUGCGCACUGCAUACACGGUGCCGACGCUGGACAAGCAUGUCGAGAUGCAGAAAAAUGGCGUGCCUGGGCUGUUCACGCCCAAGGGCUUCAAUACGGCGUAUACAGAGUACCAGAAGUACAUGAUCGACGAGUUGAAUGAGUCCACUGCAGCAUGGGCCUUCAUAAACCAACUUAUUCUUCCGGGGCCAUCAACCCGAAACCCCCGAGACCCAGUCCAAAGCCCUUCCCCCGAGGCUCGAGAACCCUCCAUCGGGAAACACUUCUCGUCUCUUGAAAACUUUUGCGCGAGACCUUUAUGGCGACGGCAGAAGGCCAUGUUCGGCCCCGGCUUUGUCUGGCUUGUGCAGACCAACGACGCGCAGCUGGGCAGCCUUAGAAUACUACCCACAUAUCUAGCUGGAUCACCACUGGCCGGCGCCCACUACAGGCGGCAGUCGCAUGACCUGAACACACACAACGCCGACUCGUAUCAGGCACUGAACACGGUAGGCACCUUCGGCUCGGCGGCCAAACAGAACUUGCAGCCAAAGAAGCCGCUUGGCGGGGUCGAUGUUGUCCCGCUACUCUGCGUAAACACCUGGGAGCAUGCUUGGCUGCACGACUAUGGCGUGAGGGGGAAGAGGCAGUACCUCGAGGCGUGGUGGGACAAGAUUGACUGGAACUGGGUCCGGCAAAACGCAACUAUGCAGACCCAACAGAAAUGGCAGUUCUGAGUAGAGCACUGCUGUAACUGGCAUGUAGACUUAUGUGUAUAAGACGACAAGGGAUGGUGGGGUUUGCAUUGCAUGGUGUUGGGUGUCCUUACAUGGCGAGCUUCGCUGUACCAUUACAAAGCAUACGUGAACAUCUCAUCUAUCUACCCGAAA